CGGCUUUAAGAGAGAAGCGUUGGAUGCCGCGAUUGAGUUAAAAAAGGGAUUUUUUGGGGGAGGAAGAGGCGGCUCCGGGUGUGCCCCCGGCUCCGGGCAGCGCUUUAGGGAGCAGCGCUGGAUGGAAAGCCAGAGCUGAGCCCAUGGACCGCGCUGGAGCCCGAGCGGGCGCUCCGGAGAGGCGGCAGAGCCGGCGGAGCCCUGAAAGGGUUAAGGGGCACCAGAGCCCGCAGGGAGCCCAACCAGAGCCGGGAAUGCCGCGGUGCUGAUUGAGCUCGGAGCCCAUCAAAGGCUCCAAUCGAGGAGCCCGGCUGCUCUUUGUCCGGCGAGGAUGUGGCUGUGGCUCCUCCGCAGCCUGGCCUGGGCUGUGCUGAGCCCCGCGGCCGCCUCGGGGCUGAGCCCGCAGGAGAGCGCCCUGCUGCGAUCGCUGGGGCUCAGCCACAAACCCAGCCCCAAGAGCCCCGCGCCGGUGCCGCCCGUGCUCUGGAGGAUCUUCCACAAGAGGAGGACGCUGCCCGGGCCGCAGGCAGAGCUGGAGUCCUGUAGGGUGGAGGAGUUGAAUGUCCCCGGGAGCAUCGUCCGAGUCUUCGCCGACCAAGGCCGCUUCCUGCCCGAGGGGCAGCCCCAGGGGCGGCUGUGUCUGCGGAAGCUCCUGUUCUUCAACCUCUCGGCGCUCGAGGAGGGCGAGCGCCUGACCAUGGCCCAGCUGGAGCUCCGCUUCCACCACAGCUCCUACCACGGCCCCAGCCCGGGGCAGGUUUUGGAGCUCCGGCUGUACCGGGCGUCCCCGCGGGGGCUGCCCCGGCCCGGCCGGGGGCCGCUGCUGGAGCGCUCCUUCGUCCAGCUCCGCAAAUCCCUCCUGUUCGACCUGAGCGCGGCGCUGAAGGCCGGCGAGGCUCCGGCCAGGAAUUUGGCUUUGCUGCUGGAGAUCUCGGCGAGCGGCGGCCCCGGGAGCCCGCGGAGCCUCUGCGGUGCCAGCGACGCCUUCGCGGCCACCUCGCUGCUGCUGGUGACGCUGGGCCGGCAGUGCGGUGCUGCCCGCAGCAGGAGGAGCGCCCCGAGCCCCCCGGUGACCCCCAGCCCUCUGUGCAAGCCCCGCCGGCUUUACAUCAGCUUCAGCGACGUGGGCUGGGAGAACUGGAUCAUCGCCCCGCAGGGUUACCUGGCCAACUACUGCGGCGGGGAGUGUCCCUUCCCGCUGGCGGCCGAGCUGAACAGCACCAACCACGCCGUGCUGCAGACCAUGGUGCACUCGCUGGACCCGCAGGGCACCCCCCAGCCCUGCUGCGUGCCCGUCCGCCUGUCCCCCAUCUCCAUCCUCUACUACGACAACAGCGACAACGUGGUGCUGCGGCACUACGAGGACAUGGUGGUGGACGAGUGCGGCUGCAGGUAGCGGGGUUUGAGAGGGAACCGCGGACAAAGGGGGGAAAAAAUCCCUUUUUAUUCCUCCCCCAGCUGUGCUCGGGGGCUGCUCGCUGUGCUGGGUUAGGAUGAGUUGGGGUUGUGGGGUUAUGACCAAGCUCGGUGCUGGGUCCCUUCUCGGCAGGGGAUGCUGGCACCGGGAUGUGAAUCCCAGAUUUCCCCCCUUGCUCGUGCCAGGCACCCCCAGGGCUGCAGGUUUUGGGGGGGUUUUGGCUGAACUCGGCAGAUUUCUCAGGGUAUAAAUGAUUUUUCUGGGUGAAACGGGGCUGGGGGUUGCCUGGGGGGUGGUCCAGCUGCAGGGACAGGGAUGGGGUGACCAAAUCCCUUCAGAGCCAGGCAGGAGCUUCCUCUGUGCUGUGGGAGCUGCUUUCAGGGCAGGGUUGGUGACGGGGACGUUUGGGGACAGGGCUUGUGUGAGGUGGCCAAACACAGAGGAGGCUUUGCCUAAAAAAAUGAAGGUUUUCCCUAAAAAAAUAUGGAGAUUUUCCCAAAAAAAAUGGAGAUUUUGCUUUAAAAAUUUGAGAUUUUGUUUUAAAAAAAGGAGAUUUUACCUGAAAAAAGAAGAUUUUACCUAAAAAAAAGGAGAUUUGACCUAAAAAAGGAGAUUUUACCUAAGAAAAGCGCUGGGAGUGGUUCCCAGGGCAGGGUCCUGCAGGAAUGUGGCUGAGGGAAUCCCCCGGGGGCUGUGCUGGGUCAGUAUUAAUUAAUUUACCUCAUUUGGAUGAGCCCAGGCUGUCCCCUGAGUGUCCCCCGAGUGUCCCCAAGCAGGAGCCAGGGACAGCCGAGCCUCGGGCAGGGGCAGGGCACGGAGCUCUGCUCGCUUUUGCUUUUCCGGCUGUUUUUGGGGGCAUUUGUUGGGUUUUGUGCAGCCCCGAGGGGCAGCAGGGACCCCAGUUGGGGCCAUUUCCCACCCCUGGGCUCCUCUCCCCCUCCAGCUGAAGGGGCUGAGCCGAGCUCUGGAGCCCGGGGCUGAAACCACUUCUGGCUUUUGGGAUUUUGGGGCAGAGGAAUCCCAGCCAGAUUUGAAUUUUUUUCUUUCUUUUUGAACUGUGAAGCCCUGGUGCAGCUUUGGGGUUUUUUUUUUUUGCUGUUUUCUCUUUGAGCUCUGAUGGUUUUCCCACCUCCUCCCCCCACAGGGGAAGCACUCAGGGUUUAACCACUGGGGGGGCCUUGGGAUGGUGAUUUUUUUGUUUGUUUUCACACCCAAAAUGUGGAGCUGAAGGCGCAGCCUGGAGCAGCUUUGGCUGAAUUCCCACUCCCAAAUCCUGGUGUUUCCCAGCCAGCCCCGUGUCAGUGUUCAAAGGGCUUCACUCCAGCCUGCAGGAGCAUUUAAUUCUCAUUUUAGACGGGCAAAGAAAACCUCCAGGUGUUCCUGGGUUUGUGCCACCGGGGGACAGUGACAGCCAGGACAGGGCCUGGGCUCAGCCUGGCGUGAGUUUGUGCCCAGGGUGGUGCCAAGGCCAGGCCUAAACCCCCCCCAGACCCAGCUUGGAGCCCCCAGCCCUGAGCCUGGCAGGGCAAAGCCAUUUCUGUGUUUCAUUCCAGGAGCUUUUCCCAAUCCUGGGGCUGGAAUAGAGCAGGGGCCCUUCCCAGUGUUCCCAGUUCUCCCAGUUGAGUGGCUCACCCCCUCUGCUAUGCACACCCCCACUUUUGUACUAGUCUUGUGUUUAAAAAAAGUAAUAAACUUGAAGUUUAUACAAUCAGACUAAAGCUUUAAUGAACAUUGCAUGGUUUCCUCAUUGAAACUUAGGGGCCACCUUGAAUGCAAGAGCUGUUUAUUCUGUUUUUUUUUUAAUUGAUGACAAACAGGUUUUAAAACAAAACCGAGACCAAAAAAAAAUUAAUUAAUUAAUUAAAAAAAAAAAAAAGAAAAAAAGAAUUUUAACACCGUGCUAGCACUGAUGUCUGGAUUUGUAAAACUCAAAAAGAGUUUGAACUGCUACAAAGGAAAAAACCAGCACGAAGCAGAGGCAAGCAUUCCCAGCAGUGAAAUCGAGGGUGAGGGGAGAGGAGGGGGCUACAUUACUCAUGGAAAGCUUUGCACAGAGGGGUUCAGCUUAAACCUACCCAAAAAUCUACGCCACUACGCAGCCUAGCAAGGAAAACAAAAUUAAAAA